AUGGCUUCCAUUCACCACCUCAUAAACCUCCACGACAAUAGAUCGCUUGCCAAUGAUACCACCUCAUCCGCAUCUGUGAGCCUCGAGGGCACAAAUAAGCAAACGACCCUAUCAAAAGUCUUCAAUAGCGGUAGACGAAAUCUAUUCAAAUAUGUCAGUGGCCUUUUGUUUCUCGGCGGCACUAUGCCCGAGGUCUGGAGCGAGGAACGCCAGUUAUUUCUGCGUAAAGUUUUACCGGUGCCAGUUCAUUCUCAUAACGAUUACGAGCGCCGGAUCCCUCUCUUCGAAGCACUCGGGUCCGGGUGCAUAAGCGUUGAAGCCGAUGUCCACUUGAAAGACAAUGAUCUUCUAGUCGGGCACUCUGACGCAAACCUACACAAAGAUGUUACGCUACGUUCCCUAUAUUUGGAGCCCCUCCAACGUAUAUUGGAAGCGCAGAACGUGGCGACUAAUACUCGACGCGGCGUUUUUGACCUCGCCCCUGAGCAAACUCUGGUCCUCCUCGUGGACUUUAAAAGCUCAGGGCCGGAGGCUUUUGCGGAGAUGGACGCCCAACUACAAUCGUUGCGAGACCUUGAUUUCCUCACGUACUGGAACGGUACGACUCGAAUCAUGAGGCCCCUUACCAUUGUAGCAUCGGGCAACAGCAAUUUUGAUUCUGUGCUUGCCCUGAAUGCGACCCACAGGGACAUAUUUUGGGAUGCCAAGCUUGAAAAAUUGGUCGCCGGCGAUGACAGCCUAGACAACGAGUCGCCCACAUACAAGUUCAACCAGUCGAACUCUUACUUUGCCUCGACAGAAUUCAGGAACGCCAUGCUCUACGUCUCCCCCAGCGAUAACGGCACAUCCUAUACCCAACUCGAACAAGCAGGAGUAAGAGGCUUGCUGACACGAUAUUGGGAUACUCCAUCAGAGCCUCCAAACUUGAGGGAGGUUGUAUGGAGAGUUUUGGUUGACGCUGGCGUCGGCGUUUUGAACGUGGAUGAUUUGGGUGCUGUGAGAGCAAGGGCCAAGGGGGUGGGAAGCCUUGGACAGGGCACCACCCAUCCCACGAUUUAG